CUCUCUCGCACAGCAUAACCAUAACCAUAACAAUCUGAAAUGCUUUCACUCUCAGUCUGAAUUCUCAGACCCAUUUUUCUCUUCUUCUUCUCGUUGGGUUCUUCUUCUGGUUUUCACUUGUUGCAGAGUCUCAUCAAUGGGGUCAGUGCCAGCUAAACGCCCCCCUCCAAACGGAUUUUCUCCUGAGGAUCUCAAGAGACAGAAAUUAUCAAGUGAUAGCCUGCCAUUUUCAGCACAUGAUAAAAUUGAACCAAAUACACCGAAGAAUUACUCAAACGUGGUAAAAUACAGCAAUCCAUUUGCAAUUUCUGACGUUCUUAAUCGUUUAGACAGUGGAAAAUUUGGAAGUGUCACAAAGGACAUAGAGGCCCUAGUGGAGCGCAAAAUGCAAAUACUGGGCCCUUACAUUGCAAAAUAUCCCACGCUUGUUAAUCAAUGGAAAGCAGUAUUGAAUCAUGAUGAAGAAGCUCAUAAGUUGGAAAACGAACAAGUUACUGGUUUGGCACAUCAAAAUGUCAUAGAUUUGGUGGGGGAGCACUUUGGAAAGGAUGCUCCUGCAGCAACAUUUCCUGUUGUAAUUAUUGAUUCAGAUGAGGAAGAUGAUAGAGAUCAAAAAUAUUUUCUUCCAUUUCAUGAAGUUGUGUUACCGAAACGAGUUGGACAGUCUCCUCCAGUGAAGAUGAUUGGUUAUCGUGCUCCCACUGCUUACAAUGGAGGAAGUAAAGAUCUAAAAACAAGUCUGGCUGGUGAAGGUAACCCAAGGAGAGAUAAUGGAGUUUAUGUUGGUGUACAGGAGGAAGAAGAUCAUCAGGUAGAUGAUGGCCUAGAAGAUAUUUGGAGAGAGAUGUCAAUGGCAAUAGAAUGUUCCAAAGAUGUUUCUGAGAAUCCUCUGCCCGAUGAAGAAUCAGAAAAAGAUGAGGACUGUGAUCAUUCUUUUGUUUUAAAAGAUGAUCUUGGUUAUGUUUGUCGCGUUUGUGGGAUUAUCGACAGAGGAAUUGAAACCAUAUUCGAGUUCCAGUACAAGGUUAAAAGGAGCACAAGAACUUAUUUGCGCGAUUCAUGGAAUGCCAAAGAAAAGACAGAUGUAUUUGGAAUUAAGAUUGGUGAAGAUGAUCUCAUGGUAACUGAAGUCUCAGCACAUCCUAGGCAUAUGAAGCAAAUGAAACCUCAUCAAGUUGAAGGAUUCAAUUUUCUUGUUAGAAACCUUGUGGGUGAUCAUCCUGGGGGCUGCAUCUUGGCCCAUGCUCCAGGAUCUGGGAAGACAUUCAUGAUAAUCAGUUUUGUGCAAAGUUUUUUAGGCAAGUAUCCUAAUGCUAGACCUCUAGUGGUGCUUCCUAAGGGAAUACUAUCGACUUGGAAAAGGGAGUUCCAAAUAUGGCAAGUGGAGGACAUACCACUCUAUGAUUUUUACACUGUGAAGGCAGAUAGUAGAUAUCAACAACUGGAAGUGUUGAAGCAGUGGGUGGAGCAUAAGAGUAUCCUUUUCUUAGGAUACAAACAGUUCUCUUCAAUUGUAUGUGAUAAUGGAAAUGACAGCAUAUCAAUAUCUUGCCAAGAAAUUUUGCUCAAGAAACCCUCAAUUCUGAUUUUAGAUGAGGGACAUACUCCAAGGAAUGAAAAUACUGAUAUGGUACAGUCCCUUGCGAAAGUACAAACGCCUAGAAAAGUUGUACUAUCAGGUACCCUAUAUCAAAAUCAUGUCAAGGAGGUGUUUAGCAUCUUAAAUCUAGUGCGGCCAAGGUUUGAAAAGAUGGAAACAUCUAGGCCUAUUGUGAAGCGCAUUCAGAGUAGAGUACAUAUACCUGCCGUGAAAAGCUUCUAUGAUUUAGUUGAAAACACUUUGCAGAAGGACACAGAUUUUAGAAGGAAAGUGGCUGUCAUACAAGAUUUGCGUGAGAUGACAAGCCAGGUACUUCACUAUUAUAAAGGAGAUUUUCUUGAUGAGCUUCCUGGUCUCGUAGAUUUUACUGUUAUACUCAAACUUACCCCUCGACAGAAGCAUGAAACAAAGGAAUUAAAGAGUUUAUCUAGAAAGUUCAAGAUAUGUUCUGUAGGCAGUGCUGUCUAUCUCCAUCCUAAAUUGAAAUCUGAAGCAGAAAAGUGUGGUGAGAAAAUUUGUAUAUCUGAUAGUAAAAUGGAUGAUCUGAUAGAGAAACUAAAUGUGAAAGAUGGAGUUAAGUCAAAAUUCUUUUGCAACAUGCUAAACCUAUGUGAAUCAGCCGUGGAGAAGCUUCUGGUAUUUAGCCAAUAUCUCUUGCCUUUAAAAUAUUUAGAAAGAUUAACUGUGAAAUUGAAGGGCUGGAGUCAUGGAAGAGAAAUCUUUGUAAUCUCAGGAGAAUCAAGCCCUGAACAAAGGGAGUGCUCCAUGGAAAAGUUUAACAAUUCACCAGAUGCCAAAGUCUUCUUUGGCUCAAUCAAGGCAUGUGGAGAGGGCAUAUCAUUGGUCGGGGCAUCCCGCAUAAUUAUUUUGGAUGUUCAUCUCAAUCCAUCAGUUACUCGCCAAGCUAUUGGCCGUGCAUUCCGACCGGGCCAGAAAAAGAAAGUGUUUGUGUAUCGAUUGAUAGCGGCUGAUUCUCCAGAAGAGGAGGAUCACACUACAUGUUUCAAGAAGGAAUUGAUUGCAAAGAUGUGGUUCGAAUGGAAUGAGUAUUGUGGUGAUCGAGCUUUUGAAGUUGAGUCAGUUGAAGUGAAAGAUUGUGGUGAUCUGUUUCUUGAAAGUCCAUUGUUAGGGGAAGAUGUAAAAGCUCUGUAUAGAAGGUAGGCUGUGGCAUUCAAAUAUGUUCAAUGGACUUGGGUUGACAAAUGCUUUUUUUUCUUUUACAGAGUGCUUAGUUUUAGCUUUGUAUUCUGGUUCAGAACAAUGUAGAGAGUUGCAGAAUUGAAUUAGUUGUCUUUACUCUUGCAACUGAUCCAUCUCCCUCAAUCUAGAUGUACAGUGUAUCAAUUUUCUUAACUCGAUUGUAUUGCAGUAAUUCCUGACUCCUGUUAGUUAUAUGUUUCUA